AUGAAUAUAGCAACGAAUGCAAAUUAUCAUUAUGGUUAUGAUCAAGAAGCAGAUACUGUUAAGGCAGUAACAGUUUCACCGAAAAAGGACAGACCACCUUCUCCACAUCCAAUUCAAUCAACACUGAGUGACCAUUGUCAUGAAAACUUCACUGGUGGUUCAAAAGUUGAUCUGAAAGCAAGAAAAAAACUAAUUAUGGCUAGUAUUUUAUGCUUAUUUUUCAUGACUGGGGAAAUAAUUGGAGGUGCACUGGCGCAUAGUUUGGCGAUUAUGACAGAUGCUGCCCACCUGUUAACUGAUUUUGCCAGUUUCCUAAUCAGUUUGUUAGCCUUGUUCUUGGCUGCUAGACCAACAACAAAGAAAAUGAGCUUUGGUUGGCAUCGUGCAGAGGUUGUUGGUGCAUUGGCUUCAGUUUUGUUAAUAUGGCUGGUUACUGGUAUAUUAGUCUACUUGGCUAUUAUGCGUAUUAUACAUAGUAAGUAUGAAAUCAAUGGAAAAAUUAUGCUGAUAACAUCAGCAACAGGAGUUGCAGUAAAUGUAAUUAUGCUGUUAACAUUACACGACCAUGGUCACGGUCAUAGCCAUAGCCAUGGUCAUGGACAUAGUCACAGUUCACCAUCAAGUGGGCAUACACAUUCAACUGAUAUACCAAACACUAUAAAGUCGGAAUCAACUAACUUCAAUGGAAUAUGCAAAGAGCAGAAUAAUAAUAAUAAUACUAUUGACAAUUUAUCCUCUUCAAUUGAUGUUGAACAUGGUGUAAACAAAGAACGGUAUAAAGCAAUGAAUCGUCAGAAUAUUACUGUACGUGCAGCUUUUAUUCAUGUGGUCGGUGAUCUGUUACAGAGUAUUGGAGUUAUGGUUGCUGCUAUGGUUAUUUAUUUUCAGCCAGCGUAUAAAAUUAUCGAUCCAAUCUGCACAUUCCUCUUUUCUGUACUUGUAUUGAUUACAACUAUCAAUAUACUACGUGAUGCUUUAAAUGUUCUCAUGGAAGCUACUCCACGUGGAUUGAAUUUUAAUGAAGUUAAAAAUGCGUUGAUUGAUAUCCCAGGCGUGAAAGAAACUCACAAUUUACACAUAUGGAGUUUAACAACAAACAAAAUGGCGAUUUCUGUACAUUUAGCUAUAGAACCCAACACAAAUCCACAAGAAAUACUGAAAGCAGCAAAUCGUUUAUUAAGAAAACGCUAUUUAGCGCAUGACGUAACAAUACAACUAGAGAAUUAUGUAGAUGAAAUGGCUAUUUGUCAUCAGUGUAAAGAACCUUCAAAGUGA